CACAGCGCCGCCUCUCGGGCAGACCGCAGACAUGGCCAAGAGGCGAAGACGAGCGUCCCGUCCAGUGCGCAGGAGGAGGCGAGUCAGGAGGUCCAGUGUGAAGCGCCAGAGGAGGAGGAGGAGGAGGACCAGGAAGCACCACUGAAACAGUUGGAGCACUUCUGGCAGGAGCUGCCAGCUCAGCUGCACUGCCCCCUGCUGGCCGCUGGACUCGCUGCCCUCAAUAAAACUGGGCUAGAGAUCUGAUUCUUGUUCUAAUUAUUGCAUCUGCUGUCUUGGGGUGAACCAGGUCUUUGCGGUCUGUGUCCUGGGUUAACUGGUUUCAGUCUGACCUUGUGGUCAGCAGUUCUCUCUGUCCUUUCCUGUGUCCACCUGGCCUGCUGCCCAUCUGACCUGAGUCAGCCACGCUGGCUGGUGCUCACUCCCUUCCGAGCUCAGUGUUGUGUCUGAGUCGUGCACACAUACACACUCACAGCUACAUGAGCACAUAAACACCCUUGCACAGAUGCACACACAUAAACACACGUGGACAUAUAUGCACGCGCGCGCAUGCAUGCAUGCAUGCAUACACACACACAAAAGUUGGAGGAGGGAGAUGCGUAAGUAUGCAUGGGCUGCAAAGGAACAGGCAAACCUGUUAUUCCAAGCAAAAGAGACACAACGUGACACAGCUGAAGAAGGCUCCUCGACCCCCUCGUGAGUGCCUCACGUUCACGCUUAUUUACUCCAGCUGUAUACAAGUACACAGUGGAAGGAAAUAUCGUUCCUCCUCGUCCACGGUGAAAAUACAGGCAGACAGGACACUGACACAGACAUUGUAGACAGGAUAAACAUAGUGCAAAGUGCAGAUGGUCCAAAUUACAAGGUAAAUACAUCAUACAUAAUGCCUGGUCAGCUCGUUGAGUCAUAACAGCAUGCAAGAGGUCAGCUUCAAUCCCCCACUUCCCUGUGAGAUAAUUGCACUUAGAUCCUCAUUAGGGCUGUUUGUCUACAGGUCAGCGUGGGAAUGAUGACAUCACGGGCACAAUCAGGUGCUAAUUGGGUCCAGGGAAGCUGCUGGCCUCCAGCUUUGUGGUGGGGGUGGAUGAACUGUAGGUCUUUCAGCAGCAGCAGGAUGGAAACGUACAAGGUGACCGUGACCACAGGUGACAUGGUGCACUCCGGCACCUUCGACCGGGUCUUCAUCACGCUGGUUGGGUCCGAGGACAGGAGCGAGCGCACUGUGCUCUCCACUGAGGGCCAGGACCUGUCCUCUGGCAUGGUCUUGCCUGCCCGGUCAGAGAGCUGUCCAGCGCACUCUAACCCACUGGGGUGUCAUUUGCCGCAGGUCAUGGAGCUGGCAGUCUCCGCCCCUGACCUGCUGGGUGACCUCCUGUUCGUGCGCCUGGACAAGGAGCAGUGCUUCUUCCUGCCGGACGACGACUGGUUCUGCUCCAAGGUGGAGGUCACCACCCCCAGCGGGGAGACCGUCCUCUUCCCCUGCUACCGCUGGGUGUCGGACAAAUGGGCUGUGGAGCUGAGGGAGGGCAAAGCCAAGAAGGUGUUUGAGGACCAGCAUCCCAUAUUGAUACAGCAGAGAACUGGAGAGCUGGAGUUAUGCCAUAAUCUGUACAGGUGGGCUGUGUUCAGAGAGGGUCUCCCCAAGAUGGUCGGCAUUGACGACCCUGCCCUGCUGCCCCAUGAUGCCCGCUUCUCCUUCACCAAGGCCAUGGAUCUCCUUGUCCGGUCCAAGACGGCUCUGGAUGAACUCAAGCUGAGGAGCCUGGCUGACCGGAAGAAGCCCUGGACCAAGUGGGAGGACAUCAAGAGGAUCUUCUGGUUCAACAAGACCAUGGUCUCCGGGUACGUGCAGAAGCACUGGGAGGAAGACUGGUUUUUGGGGUACCAGUGUCUCAAUGGCUGUAACCCUGUGGUCGUUCAGCGCUGCUGCCAGCUGCCCCCCAACUUUCCUGUUCCCAGCUGCUUGGUCAACCCCUUCCUGGAGGCGGGCAGCACCCUGGAAAAGGAGUUGUUGAAGGGCAACAUCUACCUGUGUGACUACAAAGUGCUGGAUGGCAUCACGCCCAACUUGAUCAACAAUCGGCUGCAGUAUAUGGUGGCACCCCUGUGUCUGCUGUACAAGAAGACCAGUGACCAGCUGGUACCCAUUGCCAUCCAGCCUGAGGUCCAGGUCUGGGGGAAUCGGGAGAUCUUCUUCAAACGCACCAAGUUCAAUACGCCCAACUCAAGCUGUCCAGAUAAGGUGUUGAUCCGGUGUCAGUUCGGACUUCUUCUGCCAACCCGACUCGAUCGACAUCAUCAGUUACAGCAGUGGGCCGGGCCAGAGAACCCGAUCUUCCUGCCGAGCGAUGGGAUCGACUGGCUCCUGGCCAAGAUCUGCGUGCGCAGCGCCGACUUCAGCCACCACCAUGUCGUCACCCACCUGCUGCGCACGCACCUGCUGGCCGAGGUCAUCACCAUGGCGACGCUGCACCACCUGCCCCAUGUGCAUCCCCUCUACAAGCUUCUCAUCCCCCAUAUGCGGUACACCCUGCAGGUCAACAUCAUGGCCCGGGUUCGACUGCUGGGCAGAGACGGGGUCUUCAGUGAGCACACUGCCAUAGGAGGAAUUGGGCUGAUAGAGAUCCUGGAGAGAGCUGUCCAGUCCCUGACCUACAGCUCCCUCUGUCUGCCGGAGGACAUUAGUGCACGAGGGGUGGAGUCGGUGCCCAACUACUACUACAGGGAUGAUGGCCUGUGCCUCUGGAACUCCAUCAACAGGUUUGUCAAGGGGAUGGUGAAAGUGUAUUAUCCCGACGACAAUGCGGUGGUGAAGGACACAGAGCUGCAGAGCUGGAUCAAAGAGAUCUUCACGGAGGGCUUCCAGGAGCGUCCCGAAUCAGAAAUCCCACAGUCCUUCACCUCGCUGGAAGAGGUCACCAAGUUCGUCAACAUGGUGGUUUUCACUGUGUCGGCCCAGCAUGCUGCCGUCAACAGCGGCCUGUUUGACUUCAGUAGCUGGAUGCCCAACAGCCCCUCCAGCCUGCAAUGGCCUCCUCCUAUCACGAAGGGCAGCACCACCAUGAGUGACAUCCUGAAGGCCCUGCCUGAUAUCAACACCACUGUGCGCCUCAUGGCCACCACCUGGCUCCUCAGCAAGCAGCCCAGUGACUUUGUUGCUCUUGGUCAGUAUCCGUGGGAGCACUUCAUUGAAGAUGCCCCCUGCAGGCUGAUCCUGGAACUGCAGGAAGACCUGGCAGCACUGAGCCAGAAGAUCAAGGAGAGAAAUGCCCAGCUGGAGCUGCCCUACACCUACCUGCUCCCUGAGCUCAUCGAGAACAGCAUUGCCCUCUGAACCAGGCCUAGCAGUGCCCAGGUCACCACAGCACGGGGUGCCACACUUGGUCAUUUGGGAUUUACUCCAGGGCUUCAUCCGAAAGGAUUGGCUUUUAAAAUGGAAGCUGAAAUCUGCUGCACAUGGAGAUUAGAGAGCUGUGUAUUGCCUGGUGAUCCAGGUGCCUUCAGCCAGAACAAGCCUGAGCCUUGCAAGGAAAGGCUAAUUUCAACUCUAACUAUGAUGUGGGUGUGGUUCAGUGUUGGGAGUUGAAAAGUGGCCACCAGUUAGCAGUGUACCAGUACUGUUUCAGUGCUCUCCUUAUCUGGAAAGAAAGGCAGCAGAUGGCUCCCCCUGGUGUUCAGUCAUGGGACCACACUCCCCAGUGCACAGCUCUCAUCCAAGGGGUCAAAAUAUGCUCUUGCAUAAGCAAGCGUUUGAACAUUAAACUGAACUCUGUCAAGAGAACCUUCUGUUCAGUGGCUUUUUUUUUGACGGGGGGGUAUGCACCGCUUACAGGAAUAAUCAAGUUUAUAUCCAUCGAGUAGGUACCAUACUGCUUUCCGUGAGUUAGGGUAAUGUCGGGCUUGAUCAAAAUAAAUUGUUGGAGUUUCUCA